AGCAGGACAAAGGCGGCGAGAGGCGGGGAAAGGAGAGGGGCCGGCCGCCGCCGCCCAGGGAGCCGCCGGGCCGGCUCGGGGCGGGCGCGGGGCACAGCGGGCCCGGCUCGCGGCCCGCCCCGCCAUGAGGCGCACGCAGCCGGCAUGCAGCGAGCGGGGCCGCUGCCCCGCCGGGGGGACACUGCUGCCCCCGCUCCUCGUCCUCCUCCUUCGGGCAGAAGAUUGUUUGGCUCAGUGUGAUAAUGACUGCAAAGCUUACUGCUGUGAUGGGACUACUCCCUACUGCUGUUCAUAUUAUGCCUACAUUGGGAAUGUCUUUUCAGGCACAGCGAUAGCUGGAAUUGUUUUUGGCAUAGUAUUUAUAAUGGGAGUGAUUGCUGGGGUUGCCAUCUGUAUCUGCAUGUGCAUGAAGAGCAACCGUGGGACCCGAGUAGGGGUCAUCCGAAUGACACACAUCAAUGCCAUCAACACGUGCCCAGUGGCUCCACCACCAUACAGUUAUGAAUAUGAAAUGGAGUACCCAGCUGACCUACCUCCACCUUAUACUCCAACCCCACAGACUGUGAUACAGUAUCCCUCACCCCCUCCAUACCCUGGAUAUUCAGGGAAAUAAUUAACAUGGCUUCACAUGGAUAUUGACUGCCUCUUGAAACAACCAGCACUGUUGGGACAGUGCUAUUUCCUCAGGGACAAACAGGAUUUGUCCUGGCAUCAACACAUGUGGCCAGGUGUUGAAAUAAACUGCAAAGGUUGCUAAGACUCAGGAUGAAUAAAAAUACUGUCUACUCUGGACCAUCAUGUUUCAUGAUUAAACAACAAGUGACCAAAGAAGCAGUUCCAAUAAGUUAGUGUCUGAUGAGUAGUGCUUAACACCAGUUCUUAGCCUCACCUGCAGCACAUGGGAGUGGGGCUUUUCCCAUGUAGGAAUGUGCAGGUGGUGCAAAUGGUUCAACAAACUGUUUCAAAAUUACAAGAGGCAGCUGCUGGGGCUUAUUCUGGGGGAAAGUGUCAACUGUUGUCUUGAGAUAACCUCUAUGCCUUUCCUUGAAACGAGGGGAAUGAGCAACAACAAAGAAGAUUGAAACUGUUUUCCAUUUCGACUUCCAGCUGAUAAUACCAGUGAUCACUGUGCAUAUUGGUCUGAUAAGCAUGUUACAAGAAGUGCUGUUGGAAUUGUCUAGUAAUUAAAAAAUGAUGGGUAUUAUUUUUGACCAAGUGCAGAUUUUUUGAGUGCCUCUUUUUAAGCAGUUUGUGACUAGUUUAUGAACUGAAAUGUUAACAUAAGGAGAAUUUUUAUAUGUGAAAUGCACUAAUUUAUAACUGGUUUACUUCUGCCUGGACUUAAAAACUCUAUACAUUGGAAAUAUGCUAAAAUGCCUUUUAUAUCACCAAAUGAUAUUUUGAUUUUAAUAUAAAAAUACUGAAUCAGCAAAACUCACAAAUGAGAGAAAAAGUGCAAAACAAAUAUUAAAACAUCCCUAGAUUUGACUUCAGUUCAGUUGCAUAAAGUCAGGGUUUUAAAAUCAUAUUAUUUAUCAGUAAAGAGAAUAUUCAGCCUCAGCAAAGAGAUGAGGGUAGAGACUGUGAGCAUCUGGUUUCUUUUGAAUGUGUCUUGGGCAUUUUAAGACUGUAUGUCACCAAGUAAUACUUUUUACAUUUGUCAUGCAUGUUGUUCAAACUUACUUGUUCUCUACUCUGUGCAGUCCAGAUCUUCAUGAUUUAAAAUGUUCCAUGUAUUUAUAAAGAUAAAUAGUAAUUCAGUAAACAGUGUAAUUUUGCAGCAGCUAUUUGACUUCAGAAUAACAUAUUCCAUUACCUAAAGCAUCAUCUUUCAGCAUUAAGACUAUUAUUUUUCUCAGGUUUAUAUGCAAACCACAAGGAGUGAGUCUCUUCAAGAAUUUAAAAAUACUGAAUGCUCUUAGCUUGAGUUGGGUGUCUGAGCAGUCUGAGAACGUGACAGCUGUGGCAUCAACUGCAGGUUACUGCUGGUUCAGGAAGAUCAGAAUGUAUUGAAAUGUUUUGGAGUGUAGCCUUUCUCUUCUUUUCAAGUGUAUCCAUGUAGUAACAAAUGAAAAUGCGGCUUGCAAAAAGGAGAUACUGUAUCCAGUGAAAUCAACCUGUCAUAAUCCCCCAAGUCUUGAGGUUUUGGUAUUCAGUCCUGAUUCAGGGACAGACUGAAGCAACAUUUAACUGAACAUAAAAUUUAUUCAGAGACAUUCUUGGAACAAGACCUUACUGACUGUUCUUGCUCAGGCUGACUAAACUUACCCCCUUGAAACUGCAUUUAAAAGUGCAGAUGGCCUCAGUUCCUGCCAGAGUAAGUUCAGAAGAUCUGUGUUGUGGCCACUGGCCACACUGAGUCCAGAAGCUACCGAGGCACUUGUGACCUAGUCGGAGGAAAACUGAGCUGCAUCUCAGGUGUUUGGUUGCUGCUGGUUCAUUGGAGUCUUCUCCGAGAAAGGAGAGUUACAUUCUCAUUUCUGUUUUGCUAUUCAGAGGUGACAAACCCUGAACUGGCUUAUCCUUACAGUUAUCCUUACAAUUCUGCUCUGGGUAUGUCCUGUGACAUUUCAGCUGUUACCCUGACCUCUCAAGAGAUGCCAUUUGAAAUCCUCCCACGAAGAGCAACCCUCUGUGUGUGGUGUUUUGGCAGUUCUACUCAAACGUAUAUGCUGGAGUGUUGAUGUGCCUGCCAACAUGGUGGCCAACAUGAAGAACAGAAUAAACAGCUUUUCCUUCAGAGAACCCUGUUCCUACUGCAUCAUUCUAUGCUAGUACCGCAGCACUUUCUAGCUGAUCACACUGGAAAAUAUUUUGGUGCCAAAAAGUUACCUAAAGAUAAUGAGUAUUGUCACUUUCCCAUUCCUGUAUUUCAUUUCUUUGUGCUGAACAUAGAGACACACAAAUCAAAGAGCAGUUUGUAUUUGGAAAAUACAGAAAAGAAAACCAUCCUAUGGAUCAUAAAUCUUCACUUAGAGAAAGAAUUUCUCUACCUGUGACAUUUGUCAGAACAAGUUAGGAAGCAGAUUUCUUGCAUAAAAAAGAAUUUCAAAGACUAAAAGUCUUUGAUCACAGAGUUUUCUGUUUUUCAGCUUUGUGAUUGCAUGUUUCUUCUGAUGAUGUCGCAUAAAUGACGUAGUGACCAAAGUACCUACAAGAUUUACAUUGCUUAUUCUAGAGAAAAUUAUGGAAAUAGGAAGUUGAGAAUUUAGUAGUGAUUGAGAGCUAUUUGUUUGCUAUUAAAGCAGCAGUGUGAAUGUUCAUUUUAGUAUGUUAAUGUUCUGCAGAUCCACCUGUACUGGGGCAUACCACACAGUGAUUUUAAUCUCAAAGGACAACACAUCUUUUUUCCUUGCUAAGGGCAUAAAACAUACAGGUAUGGCCCUUUCAGCAAACCAGACAAAACCAGUAUAAAGUAGCCUAAAAGAUGUAAUGAUCACAUUGAAAAUAAAUAAAACUGAGAGAAACAGAAAGCAGGAUGGAG